GCCAUCUACCUACGAAGCACUCUUACCUUCUAAUCAUCGUCUUCUCCAUAUCGGCAAAAAAUCAUCGUCUUCUCCAAAUCUCUCUCUGAAAAAAAAAAAGAGCCCUCUCGGUGCUUAAUUUGGGAAUCAGGGUUUCUGAAGCUUCUUCUACAUUUUAUGGAAACAAGUACUGCCCCUACCAAUCGCUGCUCAUCGCUCCGAUUCUGUCACUGUAGCUUCUUCAGACGCUGUUGUCGCUGCUACUGUUGCUUCUACUCCUACCCGUAGUUUCGGAUUCUCCGAGACUUUGGUUCUGAUUUGAAGAAUUUUUGUUUAAUUUUUGUGGUUUUUCUUGAGUUUAUGGAUUUUUCAGAUGCUCAGCCGGGUCUUUCACUCGGUUUCAGCUCGCAUUUGUCGCCGGCUCCUAUAUCGCCCCCAAACUGGUCGGUGAGCGCCUCUGUUCCGCUUCAAUUGCUCGAGAAGACGGAUGAAAGCAAGGUUAGGGUUGAGAAUGAAGACGAUCAAGGGGAAGAUGAGAAAUUCAGCCUUCUAGGGCACCCUAUGUGCCUGAAGAGGCCGAGAGAAGCGUCGCCGUUUUUCCCUACGAAUCCUUCAAAGUGCACUGCGGUGGAAUCGGGGCUUGAGGUGAGGCGAAAAGCGGUGCGUUCUUGGGGAAAUGAGACGCUCCAGGUUGCGGACCCUGAGAUUCACGAAAUUAUGGAGAAGGAGAGGCAGAGACAGUUCAAAGGAAUUGAGUUGAUAGCUUCAGAGAAUUUCGUGUGUAAGGCUGUUAUGGAAGCUCUCGGUAGCCAUUUGACCAACAAGUACUCCGAGGGAAUGCCCGGGGCGAGAUUAUACGCGGGUAAUCAGCAUAUCGAUCAACUUGAAUUGCUCUGUUGUGAGCGUGCCUUGGCUGCCUUUGAUCUUGAUUCUGAGAAGUGGGGUGUGAAUGUUCAGCCUUAUUCUUGUACCUCUGCGAAUUUCGCUGUGUACACUGGGCUUUUGCUCACCGGCGAUCGGAUUAUGGGAUUGGAUUCACCAUCUGGGGGCCACUUGAGUCACGGGUAUUACACUCCAAGUGGGAAGAAAGUCUCGGCUGCGUCCAUAUUCUUUGGAAGUCUCCCUUAUAAAGUUAAUCCGCAGACGGGAUAUGUAGAUUAUGAUAAGCUCGAGGAGAAAGCACUUGAUUUUCGCCCGAAGAUACUCAUUUGUGGUGGGAGUUCAUACCCGCGGGAGUGGGACUACGCAAGGUUCCGGCAAAUUGCGGAUAAAUGUGGUGCAAUCUUGAUGUGUGACAUGGCUCAUAUCAGCGGUCUAGUGGCAGCUAAGGAAUGUGCGAGUCCAUUUGAUUUCUGCGACGUUGUUACAUCAACAACACACAAAAGUCUCCGGGGUCCUAGGGGAGGUAUCAUCUUUUAUAGGAAAGGCACUAGGUCAAGAAAGCAAGGCUCGCUUCUGGGAGAGGGAAAUAGCCAUUUUGAUGAAGAGAAGAUAAACUUUGCUGUUUUUCCAGCAUUACAAGGGGGUCCUCACAAUAACCACAUUGCUGCUCUUGCCAUAGCCUUAAAACAAGUAGCCACUCCAGAAUACAAAGCAUACAUUCAACAAGUGAGAAAAAAUGCAAAUGCUUUAGCAUGUGCUUUGAUGAGAAGAAAAUGCAAAUUGGUGACUGACGGUACUGACAAUCACUUGUUGCUCUGGGAUUUGACUGCUCUUGGAUUAGCAGGCAAGAACUAUGAGAAGGUCUGUGAGAUGUGUCACAUCACUCUGAAUAAAUGUGCUAUAUUUGGUGACACCAGUGCAAUUUCUCCAGGCGGGGUGAGAAUUGGUACUCCUGCUAUGACAUCAAGAGGUUGCUUAGAGGCUGAUUUUGAGAGAAUUGCUGACUUUCUCAUAAGAGCAGCUCAGAUUACGUGUUCAGUGCAGAAGGAACAUGGAAAAAUGGCCAAGGAUUUUGUCAAAGGGCUUCAGAACAAUAGAGAUAUCAUUGAGCUUCGAAAUCGAGUUGAGGCAUUUGCUACGCAAUUUGCUAUGCCAGGAUUUGAUAUUUAAACACGAGGGGAAAGAGGUGUUUAACAAGGAUCUGUGGUAUCAGUAUCUUGCUUCUAUAGUUCUAUGGCAUACCAUUGCUUGCAUGGUAAGCUUUCCAUUUUUCUUCGUUGAUCUCUCUUUUCCAAUUUACCUCUUGUAAAUCAUAGCAAAAAAAGAGUCUUUACUUGUUAUUCUGAAAACACCUAAACUUUUUCAAGUAUCAAACAUAUCAGACUGUCUCCCUGACUAUUUGUUUGUUAUCUUGUAAAAAUUAUAUACGGAGUCAUGUACAACUUCUUUAUGAAGAUGAAACCAAAUUUGUUUCAAAGUUUAGUUGGUCUAUAGCCCAUACUGUUUGUCUGGAUACAUCUGUAAUUGUAACACCUUGGCAGAACAAGAAAGGUAGUGUUUGGAAAGAGACUACGUCUGUUUCUUGUUUUUGUUUUGUUUUUUUUUUUUUGCUCUUGCGGUCUUUGCAAAGUUGUUUGUCUUGUUACAUUUGUACUCUGUUAGAUAUAUACAGCAUUUUGUCUUCAA